AGUCUGCACAGACUUGCCUGGGUGCCCCUCAACCUCACUCCCUCCAUCCCUAUUUUUUCUCCCCUUUCCUUAUCUUUGAUCCUCUGCUUUCUGGUCUUCCACAAGCUGUCAAGCAGAAACAUCAGACGGAAAGCAUGCUAACUCUAUUGGUGCUCACAUCUGUGGUGUUGCUCAGUGCAGCUCCCCAGUCAGAGGCUAUAGUAGUGUACACUGGCUGGGAGAGGCAUGCUUUGGUAGGCUCAGAUAUUCGGCUUUCCUGCUCUUUCUUCUCAUGGCGAUGGACUUCUGAUGAUGUCACUUUCUCCUGGAGCUACAGGCCAGAUGGGGCAAAAGACAGCAUCUCUAUUUUCCACUACACAAAUGGAGUUCCAUAUGUGGACAAUAAAGGGCCAUUCCGGGACCGCUUGGAGUUUGUGGGCAACCCAGCUCGCCGUGAUGGCUCUAUCCUGAUCCGAAAUCUCGACUUUUAUGACAAUGGAACCUUCACCUGUGAUGCCAAGAACCCUCCAGACAUAGUUGGUCGACCCUCCAGCGUACGACUUCUGGUAUUUGAGAAAAUCCCAAUUCAGGCUGGUGUGAUCACAGGUGCGAUUAUUAGAGUGGUUUUGGGUUUGUGGUAAUGUUGGUAACUGGAAAAGUGUACUAGACAAGAUCUCGGCUGUUCUGGGCUACAAAUAUUUAUCAUAUAUAUAAAUCUACUAUUCAUAUUUAUAUUUUGCAUAAGCAUUUUAAGAGUAAAAGCUACCAUAUCUGUAGUAUAUGUGCGAUUACCUAAGACUAAGAUUAAUAAUCUUCUUGCCUUAAUCUUUGGACUUUCCUUUCUUGUGUAUACUUAGAAAGCUGUACAAAUGUAAUAUUCCAUUAUCUACCUGUCACCACUGGAAAAUACAUACAUCACCAUUUACAUCUACAAACUGGUAACAAUCAACCUUAACCAGGAGAGGCUGUUUCCUUAUCUCCAACAUUUUCUACUCUAGCUAGAAGAAUAUUUAUGAUCCAUUGGUCAAAAGCUGCAUUAAGGUGAAAGCAAGACAAGCAAUGACACACAACCCUGAUUGUUGAUUUGAACAUUCAUUUAAAAUAAUUACAGAAGCAGAAGCCAACAGAUUGGCAAUUAUCAGUAGUAAUCCUCAAAAUCAGCUUUUUCUCCUUGAUUCUGAUCAGCAAUCUGAAAGAGAGAGAGAGAGAGAGAGAGAGAGAGAGACCAACAGGUGUGACCUAGCAAAACAUGGCAAUUUUGAAUAUCUGAGUGUUGAAUAAACACAUAGAAAUUUGCAACGAUUAUAAAACUACAAAUACAGUCUUGAUGACAAUAAAUUAACUUAUUCAAUUAAUGUAAUUAAUUCAAUUAAUUAAUUCAUUCAUUUAAUUAUUUUAAAGCUGAAGCUGAAGCCUGAACUUAAACUAGAACAUGUUCUGUGAAAUGUUAUAACAUGAGUAUAACACUAUCCUAUUAGACAGUGAGCUUUACACACACCAAACUAAGAGUUUUUCUGUUUUCUAUGAUCAGAAAAUUAACAUCUCUUGUGAGAUUUUUAUUUAAUUAAAUUUAAUAAAAAUUUUGUCAUUAAUUUAACAGCAUUAGUAACAUUUUUUCAGGUUUUCUAUUUAGUUUUGGUAUACCUCAUGACUGUCCACAAAGCAUAAGAAAACAGAAAUUGAAACAAACAGAAUUGUGGCAUGAAGCAAACACAGGCACAGGUACACUCAAGACUCUUCGGCAAAACCUGCUAACUUGUUGUAUUUCUGUGUUCAAUAACAGGGCACAGAAUAAAUCUGCAUUUUUAGCCUGAAACAUAAUAUCUAUGUACAUACUAUAUAUACAUAGUAUCUAUGUAUUAUGUAGUCCCUUUUAUGUCUUAGGCCAUCUGUAAUGUUCCAUUAAUGUAUAAAGGUCUAAUGAAUCAAUGGAACAGUAUACUGUUUGUAAAGUCUUUCAUUGUGACAUUUUACAGUCCAAAAGAAACAUUCUCUGCAUUAAGUCCAAAUACCAAAUAUGUAUUCCUGUGUAUUUUUUAUUACCUGUGCUCCUGUAGUAGCAUCCUUUGGUUUCUUGACAUCACUUAUGCGAAGAAAUUGAGGAAAGCGCAGGGAAAUCCCUUUGUCUGGGUCCACAAAGGCGGACAAAACCAAAACCAAAACAAAAACAGACAGGAUACUUAAAAAAAAAAAAAAACACGUGAAUCACAGAAUUGAAAACACAAUUUAAAAAAUAAAACAAACUCAAAACACUAUGAAGUAAAAACAAACUUUUGUUGUCCGUGCUUAUUUUACUCGGUUGUUUGUUCUUUGUUCUUCUUAAGUAAAGUUUUAUGCAAAUUAGGGGGCGGGAUAAAAGUCUCCAUUGGUCCACUGCUCCUCACCCUAUUGCCCUUCUGUAGCCAAUCUGUAAUGUGAUGUCACUGACGUGCGGCACUGCUGGUUAGUGUUCGAUCAUAAGUUAUGUCCAUAACUAUGGUUCUAUGAGACCGAACGAUGACCGUCACCACGGUCUUAUUCUGAAUGAUGCCAUUCUUCUGCCUAUCUUUGAGACCUAAUAACAGCAAUGUCAGUUAACUGACCUUAGGGGUCGGCUGUUAUAUAACAUCCGGGUGGACCAACUACUUCCUCUUGCCUAGAACGCCUCAGCUCGUCCUGAGUGACAAGAGAUGGUGACGGUCAUUGUUCAGUCUCACAGAUGCAUAGUUAUGGACAUAACUUACAAUCUAUUUUGACUUCACUCAGACCGUCACCACGGUCUUAUCCUGGAUGACUAAUACCAACAGAGUCAUGAGGGAUCAGUAUCAUUUCCCUUCCCUGGUAACUUAACAGUAGAUAAAACAGCAGACGCCAAAGAAUUUGGAUUUGUAACAUUAAUCCUAUAAUGCUCCAAGAGGCCGAGGCACAUAUGUCUGAAAGUGCUACCCCCUUGAGUGCCGCCCAAGAAGUGGCCAUACUUCUGGUAGAGUGGGCAACUAGAUCACCAGGAAUAGGAAGAUUUUGACUGGAAUAUGAUUGUGAAAUUGUAUCCACUAUCCAGUGAGAUAAACGUUGCUUGGACACAGGCUUGCCUGCACACUUCUUGUCAAAAUAUACAAAUAGUUGUGUAUGUGACUGUCGCAAUGGACGAGUAUACUCAAUGUAUGUACACAGUGCUCUGACAGGACAUAGAGAAGAGCUAUCCAACCCAGUACCUGACCAAGGUCUUGGUCUUGAUUAAGCAUCAAGCUUAAUCACCAGGGCCCGUAUUCACAAAGCUUCUUAAGCCUAAAAGUUGCUCCUAGUCACGAAAUUCUAUGAAAAUUCGGAGAAUUAUGACAUUUUCUUAGAAUUUCCCCUUAAAUUUAGGACUAAAUUUUAGUAAAGAUUCACGAAACAUCUUAGCCCUAAAAACAGCUCCUAAGGUAAAAAUUGUUAAGAGUAGAGAGGAGGACUUUUAAGACGCUUAAGAGUUUCUUUAGCAGACGACAAAAUGGCGGAAAGAAGAAAUAUUCUCCAAACCCUGAACGAUCGUGAGUUAAUUAAACGCUACAGAUUGGAUCACGAUGGGAUAAUGUUUGUGGUCGAACUUAUUAGAGAUGCGCUCACAUCUCCCACCCAACAUAGUAAUGCCAUAACACCAGAAAUUAAAGUGAUUACAACAAUGAGGUAUUUGGCAACUGAAAAAAUGCAACAGUGCAGUAGUGAUGACUUGUGUCUGUCACAACCUUCCAUCAGCAGAUUGAUCACAAACUAUUAAAGCGCUUUCACAGUCUCAUAUAGUGACACAGUCCAUUUCAUUUCCACUGGACGUUCACACUCUGCAGGCUCACAAAAGGGCAUUCAUGGACAUAGCGGGGUUCCCCGGUGGUGUUGGUGUAAUUGAUGGGAAGCACAUCUGCAUAAUUGCACCACUGGAAAACGAAGACGUUUUUGUCAACAGAAAAAGGUACUACAGUAUCAAUGUGCAACUUGUUUUCAGUGCAGAUUACAAGAUUUUAGACAUUGUUGCAAAAUGGCCAGGCUCAACACAUGAUGCCAGGAUACUGUCUGAGAGUGGCCUGAGACAGCUUUUUGAAGGACAUUAUGUGCCAGUUAAUUGUCAUUUGUUAGGGGACAGUGGCUAUCCAUGCAAACCAUGGCUCCUCACACCUUACCUCCACCCAGACCCAGGACCACAGCUAAACUACAACAGAGCCCACAAGAAAACACUCUCAGUAGCUGAGCAGGGUAUUGGCCAGCUGAAGGAGGUUUCAUGUGUUGCAUGGAGAAGUGCGCCUGUCACCAGCUAAGGUCUGCAAAGUCAUCAUGGCCUGUACAGUGCUUCACAACAUCUACAAAGCACGACAAAUCCCAGAACCUCUCAAAAGCAGCCAUGGUAACAGUGAUGAAGAUGAUGAUGAAGACAUUCAGUUUACCCAGGGGAGAGACAUGUCCCAGAGUGGGAUUAGUCACAGAGCUCAAUUUACAAAUUGGCAUUUUAGCAGGGAUGGUGUUUGGGGUGGCUGCAGCAGGCAGGCUUAUCUGAGGCUGAGGGUCGCACACCUGCAAUGUUGACGGCCCCGAUUCCUUUGAUGGCUCCCUGCUGCAGAAAAUGCAGAAAACAAUUCUCUUCUUUAUUUUGUUUGUUGUUCACAUGCAAGAGCACAAAAGAUGGCACAUGGUCUAUAUAUUAAACAGCACUUGUUCUUGA